UGGGUCGACCCAAUCACAUAUUCUGAUAGGGUUUUGAUCAUUUUAUAAAUAAAUACCCUAAAUGCUCGAAGUCUCUAACCCCAAAAACUAGGGUUUUGAUUUGCGUUUCCAUCCCCCGCCAUUAUCGCAUUUUGUGUGCCUCAGCAGCAACACCAGCCAUGGCUGACGUCAUCCACGAAGCUGGUAUUGUUCCAGAUCCAACACAGCUCGAAAUCAAGCUCUUCAACCGAUGGAGCUUCGAAGACAUUCAGGUUAAUGAUAUUUCUCUGGCUGAUUAUAUUGGAGUGGUGGCAUCCAAGCAUGCAACAUCUGUUCCUCACACUGCUGGUAGAUUCUCGAUCAGGAGGUUCAGGAAGGCACAGUGCCCCAUUAUUGAGAGGCUCACCAAUUCUCUCAUGAUGCAUGGUAGAAACAACGGCAAGAAGCUUAUGGCUGUUAGGAUUAUCAAGCAUGCCAUGGAAAUUAUUCAUUUGCUGAGUGACCUGAACCCAAUUCAGGUUAUUGUCGAUGCUGUCAUCAACAGUGGUCCUCGUGAAGAUGCAACCCGAAUUGGUUCUGCUGGAGUUGUUAGGAGACAGGCUGUGGAUAUCUCACCCCUUCGUCGUGUUAAUCAGGCCAUCUAUCUUUUAACAACAGGUGCACGUGAAGCUGCUUUCAGAAAUAUUAAGACAAUUGCUGAAUGCCUGGCUGAUGAACUUAUUAAUGCAGCAAAAGGUUCCUCCAACAGUUAUGCUAUAAAGAAAAAGGAUGAAAUUGAGAGAGUUGCCAAGGCGAAUCGUUAAGAAGCUUGUGGAAGCAGCAGCAUUGGUGACCAGAGAAGAUUUUGUUUCGAUUUUGUAAUGACCGUGGUUUGUUUCGAAUAUUGAGUAUAUUACUUUUGCUGCCUUUAGUUACUUUUCAGCCGUUCGCUUGGCGGGUUCACAAUUUUUCCUGUUAUGUACUAGCCCUCUUCAUAAUUUACUAUGAAUGAUUUUUGUGGCCCCAUAAUUUUUAACUUAUGCCCAGAUUUAAUUUGUAAUGUUAUUAGAUCAAGUCAUGAGCACUGAAGUUAAAUGUCUGCUCUAAUAUGUUCUCUUGAUGACCCAUCAACUCAAUGGAAAGCAGCAUCUCC